AUGGUGUUCUGUAUCUACUGCGGACAAUCUUUUACCAGAGAUGAACAUCUGGAAAGGCAUAUCUUGACUCACACCAACAUCAAGCCUUUCAAAUGCUUCACCUGCCAUAUGAGCUUUGCUCGACGGGAUCUCCUGCAACGCCAUUACACGGUACAUGGGCGUAACCAGAACAACGAAGAAGGACUUUCAAUCCAAGGAAUAAUACCAAAGUCCGCUGGCCGAACGCCUAUUGCCUGCAGUAACUGCGCAAAGACGAAAACCAAGUGUGAUAAGAAGUUUCCCUGCAGUCGAUGCGCACAGAGGAACCUCAAGUGCACACUGCGGCCGACUCGAAGGGCAUCGAAGAAUGUGAACAGAGUCGGGAUCCCACCAGAAGCUGCGUCGAUUGGGAGCUCGAGUGAUAACGGAGGCAAUGUAGAGCCUCAGAACACCUCGGCUAGCAACUCACCCGCCCGUGAGGUGCAGCCCCCACAGGCGAAAGGUCGGUCAUCCCCUCAGCUGUUGCAGCAACAGCCCGCACAGCCAACCAGCGGCAUACCGCAACGGCAGUCGCAGUCACCGUCCGCACCACAGUCGAGAAAUUCGUCGGUAUCUCUGCCAGUGCAGCCGCCUGCAAUCCCAACACCACAGGAGAAGCAAAUCCAGCUGCCGCUUUCCCACACUCCUCCCUUCUUCGACCAGUCACCACCAAGCACGAUCCUGCAGCCUCCUACACUCUUUUCACCACUUCCAGCCGCUGGGAACAUGGCGAACGGUUUUAUGGGCUCGACACCCAUGUCUGGAUAUGACGAAUUUGUGCGGUUGGGAGGUCAGUCGGACCCGGAGACGAGCCCUUUCAUGAUGGACCCUUGGAGCAGUAUGGCCAUGGGUGCAGAGUUUGAUACCAUGCGGAUAGAUCCCUCUCUGAUGAUGUCUAUGAAUAUGGAUAUCAGCAUGGGUCCUCGAACAGAUGGUAUUCUUGGAAUGAUCCCCGAGAUGUCACCCACUCAGGCAUUUGGACCGGUUCAAACACCUCUUCAGACGCCACGAAUGGAAGAAACCUUCUCAGAUCUCCAGAUUGGCAGUUCGGCGUCGAUGUUCUACCCCUCAAAUCGGCACUCGUCAAUCGCAGAUGCUGGCAUUCCAGACCUUGGUGCUAUUGUCGCUGCACAAGAUGGCUGGACCGUGUUUCGCUGCACUCCGCCAAUACCGUCGAGCUCGUGUCCUCGCACCGCACGGCUGAACCUUGAGCGACUGGAGCUCAGUCUGAAGAACCACGAAGGCUGGAGCAACUGGUCACCGUCCUGGGACGAGUCGGACUUCCAGCAAGAAGGCAGAAUAUCGAUCGCAAAGCUCCAGGAAAGCACCAGAGACAAGCUCCUUGUAAUCACGCAAAGUUUCCUACACAAAGCUCUCGACAUCCACAAAGAUGCGAUGAGCUCUUCUUCUAGUAGCGGCGAGUCUCCAGGGUCCAGUGCAUCCCUUUCGAACUUUAUCAUCCUGCCACCCGCUCGAAUUCUCGAGUACUUCCUCAAGUCUUAUGCCAACUCUUUCGAGCGCUACUUUCCUACUUCGUCUCGAGGGCUGCUGGACACCAAUGAGCUGAUGCAGAAUUACAACGACAAGGCUUCGAGCUUGUUGAUUCUCAUGAUGAUCGCUCAGGGCGCCAUGGCUAUUCCUUCGAUGGAAGCGAGGUGGUUGACCGGUGGCAUCACCGAGGCCUGCCGCAUCUCACUGUUCGACUUAAUCGAGAAAAACAUAAUCAUGGCCGGUGACCCCAUCGUUCUUCGCGCGGCUCUGCUCUUUACUGUCCAGGCUGCUUGGAGUGGCGACAAAUGGCAAAUGGACAUUGCUAUGGGUCAACGAGGCAUGUAUUUUUCGAUGCUGCGACAUUCAGGCAUCCUGGAUACUCAUCCAGUGGCUAAGCCUCAGAUAAAUGGAGGUGUGUCGACAGAGGUACUGUGGCGGGAGUGGCUGCAACAGGAAGCGAGAAGUCGCCUCAUCUAUUCGUGGGUUAUGGUCGAUCAAGACCUUUCGCUCUUCCACGACUCAGCUCCUCUGUUCACUGUCACUGAAUGCGGUGCUCCCAUGCCUGAUUCAGAUAGCCUCUGGCAGGUUCCGAAUGCUUCUGAGUGGUCUCAGGUCUUCAAUCAAGUCCACGAGUUCUCCAACGGCUACUCAUCGGUCGGUUCCGGAGCCCGGCCAGUAAGCCUCAAAGAGCUCUUCCGUCAGUUCUUGGAUGAUGAGAUCGUCAUUCAGGGUGUUCAGGAGGUGCAUCUUACCCCGAUGCAUCUGCGUUUGCUGCUUCAUCCGCUGCAGACUCUUGUAAACCAGUAUUGUCAACUCCUCAGCUGCUUCUCCGACAGUGUAGCUUCGAGGUCUCGUAAUAGGGCGCUCACUGCGGCGUCGACACGGGUUCGCCUCGAAGAGGUGCAGGCCCUGCUGGGGCGCUGGUUUGAUCUCGCACAGAGGUAUCUCAAGACCAACCCAAUGUGUCCUCUGAUGCAAGCAGGGCUUGUCAUGUUUCACCUUAUUAGCAUGAAUGCCGUGACCAACUUCCCGGAGAUCGAAAGGUUGGCCCGUCGGGAGGGCGUUGAUGGUACAUACCAACAGAUGCUCUGGCUUCACAAGAAGUGCAUUUCCGACGUACAAGAAGCAAUCACGCAUGCCGGACAGGUUCUCCGGCUUGUCAGAGAGAUGCCACGAGGCAUCAGACCGCCUUGGUGGCCUGGCGCGGUUUACAGAGCCUCUCUUGUCCUAUGGACAGACGCAUUAACCCACAAUGAAGCCGUUCGUCCUCGGCAGCAAGGCACUACCUUUCCUAUCGACCGUCUGACAUCAGACCAUCAGACGGUCCUCAGGUACCUGUCUCGACAGGAGGGAAUCCCCACCUUGACAACGCUGGAAGGAACACCGGUCCCGUUGGACAACGGCUUCUCAGUACUGUCGCACUGCAUCGACGUGAUCGAUGAGGGUGUGGCGACCAGAUUCUCGGACGGUAUCCGCAGUAAACUGGAGAAGCUGGCAAAAGGCUAA